CGCAGUGGGACAGUAACCGGUAUUAAGUAUUAUCUACUGCCACCUGUGAAGUGUGGUGUUUGAAUUGUUUCCCUAGUCUCUGUAGGACGCUGUAACCCGAUCCUGGACUUAAGAGCGGAGAACGUGGCGGUGAAAAAGUGGCAGGUAAGGGCUACGGUGUAGAAGCCUGCAUCGGGUAAUCGUCUGCAAUCAUCCGAAGUAAUUCUCUCACCAUUUUGCAUAUUAAGUACCUGAAGCAGAAAGAAGUGAAAUUACUUGCCUAGACUCGCACAGUUUAGCAAGUAAAAGAACGAAGAUUCAAACCCAGAUGAGGUUUCUGUUCAAGAACUGCUGAAAAGGGGCCAGGGAUUUAGCUCAGUGAUUCCACCGUCUGCCUAAAAAGCUCAAGGUCCCAAGUUCGAUCCCCAGUACGAAAAAAAAAAAAAACUGCUGAAAAUGAUCAACUUUCAGGAAUCAGUGACAUUUCAGGAUGUAGCUGUGGACUUCACCCCAGAAGAGUGGCAGAUGCUUGACUGUGAUCAGAGAAUGAUGUACUGGGAUGUGAUGUUGGACAACUAUAGAAACCUCAUUUCAGUGGGGUCUCCAGUUACUAAACCAAAAGUGAUCCUCAAGGUAGAGCAAGGACAAGACCCAUGGCUGGCGGAGGAAGAGAAUCUACAUGGGAGCUAUCCAGAAGCUGACUGUCUACUUGAUGAACCAGAGAAGCAUCAGGAAAGCAAAGACAAUUUUUUGAAGUCGGUUUUGUUCACGUUCAGUAGAAUUCUGACCAUGGAGAAACUCCACCAUUAUAAUAGGAGCACAAAUCUUAAUCCAACAAGAAAAAGAUCACAUAAAUGUAAAUCAUAUGGGAAGAAUUUGGAACCUAAUUUAGACUUACUUAAUUAUAAUAGAAGUUAUACUGGAGAAAACUCAUAUGAAUGCAAUGAAUGUGGGAAAGCCUUCAAAAAGAAAUUUCAUUUCAUUAGACAUGAAAAAAAUCAUACAAGAAAAAAGCCCUUAGAAUGUAGUAUCUGUGGGAAAGCUUAUAGUAGGAAGGCAUACCUUAUAGCUCAUCAGAAAAUGCAUAGUGGAGAGAGACCCUUUGUGUGCACUGACUGUGGGAAAGCUUUCACACAGAAAUCCUACCUUGUGAACCACCAGAGACUUCACACUGGAGAAAAGCCUUAUAAGUGCAGUCGAUGUGGGAAAACGUUCAUUUGGAGCUCCUCUUUUAAUCAACAUGUGAAAUCUCAUAUGCCUGCGAACCCAUUUGAAUGUAAGGAAUGUGGGAAAACCUUCAAGUAUAGUUCAUCCCUCUAUAAACAUUCUAGAAGUCACACAGGAGAGAAACCCUACCGAUGUGUCGUAUGUGGCAAGGCCUUUGGCAACACAUCUGUGCUUGUUACACAUCAAAGAAUUCAUACAGGAGAGAAACCUUAUGGAUGUAUUGAAUGUGGCAAAGCCUUCAUCAAGAAGUCUCAUCUCCUUAGACAUCAAGUAACUCAUACAGGAGAGAAGCCCUAUGAAUGUAACAUAUGCGGGAAAGCAUUUUCCCAGAAGUCAAAUCUUAUUGUACAUCAGAAAAUGCAUACUUUAUGAAUACACCAGCCAUAAAUAUUAGAUGAAUCCUGUUAAAUAGCAGAGAACUCAUGGUGUGAAGUCCACUAUUUGAAUGUUGUAGAGUCCCGUAAGAAAAAAGUGUCAGUACCAAUCAUGUUCUGGCAGUGAUAAAUUUUUUCAGAAAAAAACCACGAAAGAAUUGAACUACACAUAAUACAACAUAGAGUUUGGAAAGUAAGCAUAAAUUAAUAAAGGAAUCAGUGAAAACUAGAUACCAUCUCCAGUUUUAAUAAUAAAUAAUUACACAAGUGUGAGUGUAAAAUAAAUGCUUAAUACACUAUUAAGUUAUUAAGAGUCUGUGGUACCUGUAGUCACAGCUGAGGUGGGAGGAUCACUUGGGUCCAGGAACUCAGAAUCAGCCUGGGAAACACAGUAAGACGCUGUCUCAAAAAAAGAAAUGAGAAUAAAAACAAAAAAAGAUGAUUUUUUAAAAAGUUUCAACAAGAAAAAAAUUACAAUUUCCCCCUCUAAUUCUAAUAACAUCUGCAUAAUUGAGGAAAUGUGGUUUAAUUUGAAGUAUGAAUUUCAGUAAUAUUUUCAUCCAUUUGCUGGCACUUUUUUUUCCCCCUGUAUUGGUGAAUGAACCCUGUGCCUUUGGCAUUAAGUCUGUCCCAACUCUUUUUUUUUUUUGAGACAGAGUCUUGCUGUGUUUCUCAGGCUGGCCUGAAACUUACAAUCCUGCCCUAGCCUCCUGAGUAGCUGGGAUUACACGUGUAUACCACCACCCAAUGCAUGGCACUUUACUGUCAGGUUUUUUGUUUUGUUUUGUUUUAUUUUUUGGUACCAGGGAUUGAACUCGGAACCUUGAAGUUGUGAGGCAGGCGGUAGAACCACUGAGCUAAAUUCCCAGCCCUUUGUUGUCAGUUUUAAUGGGCCCAGCAGUGUUACUGAAUCUGGGUCUCUGCAUUAAUUAUAGAAGUGAAGACUUCUGUCUGGCCUUGAAUUUACUAUGUAGCCCAGGCUGGCCUUGAACUCACAGCAAUCCUUCAGCUUCAGCCUUCCCAGUGCUGGGAUUAGAGGCAAGCACCAUCAUGCCCAGCUAAGACUUCUUAUAAAGAUGUUUUCCUAUGUAUGUAAAUGCCAAAACAAAAUUUAACAAGAUACUAAUUGAGGAGGAAAAAAAGCUAUUGUGUUCUGUAUUACAGUAAGCUUUCAGUUAAGGUAAAGAAAUAUUUAUGUAAAUAAAACAUUUGUACUUUAAAUAUUUGGGUUUUUUUCAUUGGUGUAUCAUCAUAAACUCAAGGGAUAUUUAACUUUGAAUGUGAUAAAUUAGGGUGUCAUGAGACUUUGUAACUUUGGGGGAGUUUUAGGGGUUUUGUUUUCCUAUGAAAUUGAUAAUAGGUUUAGCUCCUAGAGAGGCCUGGAAUUUCCCAUAUAACCAGCAUAGGCAUCAUUAAUCAAGUUGUUUGGAAAGACCCAAGUUUUUCUGCUUCAACUUCAUGUUGGAAUGUGACAUUUUUAGGUUCUGCAUAUUUCCUUCAAAGGAUUAACCAGGUAUUGUUUACACUAAAGUUAGCUGGGCAUGGUGGUGCACACUUGCAAUCCCAGCACUUGGGAGGCUGAGGCAGGAGGAUUGCAGCAAGUUUGAGG